AACGGCGUCCGAACAGUCGGCUAACUUGAUUCGCCGCGUUCACGAGUUGGCCGUCCGACAGGUGUGAAAUUUACUAUAUAGCCAAAUAUCGGCGACACAAAGUGCAAAAAUAAUGACAAACUCGAGUAGACAAACAAGACAGCAGCAGCGGUUCCAAUGAAAAGAGUGCCAAGUAAACAGUCAACAAAUCAAUUUGACAAAUAAUUGAAAACGGAAACGUCGCAACGAUUCUGAAGUCCGUGGAUUUUAACUGCGUUACGCAGUGUUUCCAGUGAUUAUAAAUUAAAGCCCAAAAAUGCCGAUGUUACCAACGAUUGAGGAGGAGGGCAAGCUGUCCUGGCUUCGCGUCAUGUGGAAGUAUCGCCUUCAAUUUCAGUCCAUGGCCUCGGCUUCGAUUGUCUUCGUGGGCUGUGGAAUGCGUUUGGCCUGGUCAAUCUUCGACACGCCCGCCGGAAAGUUCCUCAAUAACAAUAAUACCCACAACCUGAUGAUGAGCUGGUUCAUCGGAGCUGCCCUGGGCGCCCUUUUGGCCGCACUUUUUGUACAAAGGGUCACCAAAAAUGUGGCAUAUACCUCCAGUGGCUUUCUGAUGAUCAUGGCCGGCAUUCUGAAUAUAGUUCUUCCCCAACAUUUCCUGGCCGCCUGCUACAGCAGCGUGAGUGUGGGCGCGGCCUAUGGGCUGACCCAGGUUCAGGCUCUGGUCACAGGAUCCGAGGUGGCCCACAAGUCCAUCCGAGGGAUGCUGCUCAGCUGCGAGAAGGUCUUCCUGUGGCUGGGCGUCUGCGUGCAAGUGUUCUACACGCGUGUUUGGCGCAAUCUGAGGCCCCUGGACUCGCAGGGCUACGAGUUGCACAUCGAUCAGUUGCACGGAAUUGGGAUGGCUGGCCUGGGAGUGGCAGCUGUUAUCCUGGCACUGGCCCACCGACUGGAGUCGCCACUGCUGCUGUUGCACCAGGAACGAGACAUGGCAGUGGGGGAUACCCUCAAGGCGCUGCAUGGACAGUCCACCACAGAGUUGGUGAGAUUGAGGGAGGACUGCCGACAGCUGCAUAGCGCUCGGGAUUGGGAGCGAUUCGUGGAGGAGCCGGAGGAAUCUGCCUCGGUGGCAGGCUGGAGGAUCUGGGCCCGCCGACUCCUGCCCUUCGUGAAGGUCCUGCUGCUCCGGUGCUUUGCCACCCUGGCCGUGUCCUUGAGCUACAACCGUGCGUUUGUGGUGGUCAGCUGGCAUGGCCUGGAAUGCGAUAUGAGCUGCAUGUACUGGCUGGCAUUUGCCGGUCUCGGUGGUAGCAUCCUGGGAGCCUUCAUUGUGGAUCGACAGGGCCGCAGGAAACUUUGCUCCCUGUCCCUUUUCUUCGCCGGCAUUGUGAUUGUGAUGGUGGGUGGCGUCUUCGAGCAUCUGGAGUCCGUGAAGAGAUCCUUCUACGACAUAAAUCUACUGGCCAUUGCAUUACUAAUGCUUCUAUUCGAGAUAAUAGUGGCUGGAGGCGUGGCCGUACCCGCCCUUAUAUACACAGCCGAGGCGUUUAGUAUCGCCCACAAGGCCAGAUGUUUGGCUGGGAUCCUGAUCCUGGAGCAACUGCUGCAGUUGGGCCUUCUGCUGGCCACCUUCGAGCACUACAUCACCGUCUCUGUGUUCUUUUUCACGAUCGGCAGUCUCAGCUUUAUAGUCGGUCUCAUGGUAUUCAUGCUCAUGCCGGAGACCAGACAACUGACACUCUACGAGUGCCUGCUCAAGUUCAAGAAAGUUCCUUAAGGCCUCGCCGUAUCUCUAAGUGCCCAGUAUCUGUUAUCUGUAGCUAUCUGUUAUCUAUUUUUACGUACUCCAUAUUCUAUUCGUGUGCAUAUCAUUAUCAAUUGUAUACGGUAUACCUUCUCCUAACGAUUUCAUUUUGCCAUUCUGGCAACCUCAUAAUUUAAGUGAUUAUAUAAGCAAAAUACCCUUAUAUCUAUAGCUAAAGAUCAAUUCAAAUAAUUUGGGCUUGAUUCAUAUGAGUUGCUCUCGUUAUAUACGAAUUUCUUAUAUAUUUUCUUAAUAAGAAACUAUUCAAUAACUAUUUACUGUAAAAAUAAAUACAAAAAAUGUAUUUAUGUGAAGCAAAAUCAGCUUUGCAAUUAAAAAAUUUCUG